UGCGCCGCCUAAUGCCAAAUACGGACAAGGCGAGCUAUGAACUUGAUCUUGAGACUGGCUGAGUCUGAACCGCCGACUCACCGCCGACUCACCGCCGACUGCAAGCCGUAAGUCAGUAAGUCAGUCAGUCAGUUACCAGUUUUCCACUAGCCGGCUUGCAUUGAGCUUCACUGCGUUCACUUUUGCAAUCAAUUGCAUCCCAGCGGUCAGCCAGUUUUUGCGAACCAACUCCUAUAAAAGCCCCACUCGACGCGACAUUUGACAACAGUUGCAAAUCAUUUGCUCAGCACUAAACAUAUAAACUUGGAAUCACACCAGAAACAAAAAUCUACUACAAAAUGUUCAAAGUUCUGUUUGUGCUCGCCGCCUUUGCCGCUGCCCAGGCCUAUGCCUAUCCCGGCGUCGUAGGUGUUCCCGUCGUCCACCAUGCCCCCGUGGUUGCUGCCCAUCCAGCUGUGGUGCACACACCCGUCAUUCAUCAUGGCGCCCACGCAGUUCAUGCCCAUGUGGUGCAUCAUCCUGCACCCGUGAAGGUCAUUCAUCCAGUUGUCGCCAAGCCCGUGGUUGCUGUGCACGCCGUGCACGCUGUGAAGCCCAUCGUGCCACUGGUCCCUGUGCAUCAUGCUGCUCCCGCUGUUGUCGUGCAUCAUUAGAAACAGCACCUGACACCCUUAACCCAAGUCCCAUCCAAUCCCAACCCAAUCCUGUAUCCGAGCCCACAAUAAAAGUUCAAAGCCACGU